AAUAAGCAUUUGCAAAUCGCCGUCUAAAACGACCUGACUUCUCUCUCUAUAUGUAUAUAUAACCCACCCAUCCCCCCUCUCUUCACUAAUCGCUUGAUUUCUCUGCUACACCGUCGCCGGACGGCGAAUUUCACGAAAAUUUAACUCUCAAAUUUGAAUCGUGAAGUAAUAUGCUGGCAUUUUCAUUGGUCUGACUGAUAGCUGCCCAAGUAAUGUAUGCUUUGUGUGUAAGCAAGCAUGGGUUCCGCUUGCUGUGUUGCUGCUAGAGAUAGAGUUGUUCUAGAUGAAUCAAGCUGUGAAAAUUUGCAGAGAAAUGUUCGUCAAUCUCCUACAUGGAGCUUUCGGUGGGAUAAUCGGGGACGAGUGGCUGGGGAGGAGAUGCCAGUGAAUUGGUCUUCCGAUGGAAUUGGUGGCAAUGACGGAUUAGAAUUUAAAUCUGGAACAACUGUAGGAACAGUAUAUGCAUCUGAAGAGGGUAGUCCAUUGGAUAGUUUCAGAUCACUUGCAUGGCAGAAGUCACCAGUUUCUGAAAGAAAUAAUCAAAACUUUUCACUUCCUUUAUUGGAUCCCUUGGCUGAGAGGAAUUCCACCGAGGUUAAAGAAUUCGGUGGUUCAUCAGCACUUUCAUUCCCCUCUCCUGUAAAUCUAUAUCCAUCCGCUCCCUCUGUUUCAUCUUUAUCAUCGCGUGGCCAGCUGCCUCCUGCUAGCUUUACUCCAUGUUUGCCUCACCAUUCUUCAGCGCAGCAAGUUUCCGAUGGCCGCCGUGUACCAGGGCUGAAGUCACCUACAUUUUCAUCUUCUUUUGUGCUCCUCCCUGGUUGGAGUAAUGAUUCAACUAGGGGCUCUCAUGGUGGAUCAUCAGAUGGUUGGUCAGUUCCUGACCUGGCAAAUCCUCGUCGAGACAGGUGGUCAUUUGAUAGUGAAUCCUUUGGUUUCCAUCGUGGAAGGGCUACUACUAGCCGAGGUUCUGGGUCAUCUUCGUUCGAUCUCCAAACCUGUGGCAUAUGUGCAAAGCUAUUGAAUGAACUUGCUGUUGCUGUUCUAGUUUGCGGCCAUGUUUUCCAUGCUGAGUGCUUGGAGAAUAUGACAUCUGCAAUCAAUAGGUUUGACCCAGCUUGCCCUGUCUGUACUUUUGGGGAGAAACAGGCCUUGAAGAUAUAUGAAAAAGCAAAAGCUAAGAUAGAAUUGAACGCUAGAAAGAGAUUUCGAAACAGGAUUGUUGACAGUGAUAUUAGUGGCAAUCUUGCUCAGUUCGAGUGUCAGAAAAGUAGUGCUCAUGAAGGAGGGUGGAGCUCCAGUUCCAGUAUGAAGAGCCCUUCAAAGAGGCAUUAUUUCUCCUUUGGUUCAAAGGGAUCAAGUCCUUCAACUCGGAGAAGGGGGUUUUCCUGGACAAGAUCUAACAAGAAGUAGGUUUCUAUAUGGACAUAAAAGAUAACCAUGGGUAUGCUCUCAG